UUUACCUACGUAGCUGCCCACCCAUUCUUUUGCUACCCACCACUCGAUCCACACACAAAUUUGGAAGCAAUAAUAAUAAUACCCAUCAAGUAAUGGAAGUGAUUGAAGAUAUCCGGGUUUUGGGUCUGGAUGAAAAUUGAGAUCUUGAUUGCAAUUUGCUUGUUUUGUGCUACCCCCAAUAUUGAAGUGUAUUUAGAUCUGCUGUUGUUAUAUGUGCAUUCAUUAAUAAUUGUUUUCUUAGAUACCCUUAAUUAUAGUCGAUCGGGGUUUCUCGUAUUUCAUCUUUUGUGGGUUCAUUCUACCAACAAUGUGGAGGUUCAAGCCAUUUUUGCAAAAAGAGCCUGCAGGGCUCGAGGGCCGAACCCUUGACGUUGCCAAUCUUAAACUUCAUGUUCGGAAUGUUAUUGCCGAGGGUGGCUUCUCUUGUGUCUACUUAGCUAAGGAUGCUCUACAUGCUUCAAAGCAGUAUGCUUUGAAGCACAUCAUAUGCAAUGAUCAAGAGUCAUUGGAGUUGGUUGUCAAGGAGAUCAGUGUGUUGAAAUCACUUCAAGGACACCCGAACGUCAUCACACUUUAUGCGCAUACGAUCUUGGAUAUGGGAAGGACCAAGGAAGCCCUUCUUGUCAUGGAAUUUUGUGAUAAAUCUCUUGUUAAUUGCUUAGAAACCAGAGGAACUGCCUAUUUUGAGGAGAAACAGAUUCUUAACAUUUUCUUGCAUAUCUGCAAUGCAGUCUUUGCAAUGCAUUGCCAGUCCCCGCCAAUUGCUCACAGGGACUUGAAAGCUGAGAACAUUCUGUUGGGUUCUGAUGGAUUAUGGAAGUUGUGUGAUUUCGGGAGCACAUCAACCAAUCACAAGCGUCUUGAGAAGCCUGAAGAAAUGGGUAUAGAAGAAGACAAUAUCAGGAAGCACACCACACCUGCCUAUAGAGCCCCUGAGAUGUGGGAUCUGUUCCGGAGAGAACUUAUAAAUGAAAAGGUGGAUAUAUGGGCCCUUGGGUGUCUCCUCUUUCGAAUUUGCUACUUCAAGAAUGCAUUCGACGGUGAAUCAAAGUUACAAAUCUUAAAUGGGAACUACCGGAUUCCAGAUUUACCAAAAUACAGCUCUUCAAUUACAAACCUAAUUAAAGACAUGCUUCAAGCAUCACCUGUUGACAGACCUGACAUCACACAGGUCUGGUUUCGUGUUAAUGAGCAGUUGCCUGCUGCUCUACAGAAGUCUUUACCUGAUCGGCCACCUGAAAUGCCAUCUACUGAAGCAGGUGUUCCAAGGUCUUCAAAUAGAUCACCUCAGAUGCCUUCUAGAAGCCCCCCAUCCCCUCCAGUUGGGGAACCAGCUAAAACCUCACCACAGCCUGGCUUAAGGGCAAGUGGCGGACAGCUUGGUGCUUUUUGGUCUACUCAGCAUGCAAAGGACGCAGAUGUUGCUGAAGAGAAGAGCAGACCCAAAUAUGACGAAGAUCCGACCAGCUAUAGCUCAGUUAAACAUAAGAGGAGUCCUAUAAGAGGGGAAACUGUACAAACACAUUCUCCUGCUCGAAGUAUGCCUGAUAAAUCACACAAGCCUGAAGAUGGCCUUAGUAAAGACAUUGAAAUUAAUUUUUUUGAGAACAAGGAUACCACCACUUCUUUUCAAGAUGAGGCGUUUAACACCUUUGUUGCUGAAUUUGAUAGUAAUAAGAUCAGUUCUGGAAUUAUUAAUAAAAAUACUGGAAAAGAAAAAGCAUUGGAGGCUGAAAUAGUGAGGCUGAAAGAACAGCUAAAACAAUCCAACUUGGAGAAGGCUGAGAUGACCAUGAAAUUUGAAAAGUUAUCUGCAAUUUGUCGUUCUCAGCGGCAGGAAAUACAGGAGCUCAAGCAAACUCUAGCUGCUAGAACUCCAUCUCCUAAUAAAAGUACUUCAAGAUAUCAUAACUCACCGGGAAGUCUGGGAGAGAAGGUUGAAGGAACAUUUUCGGAAUUCACACAAGAAAAAGCUGGUAACUGGAAAACUGCUAGCCCAGAAGCAAAGCCAUGGCAGGCUUUUCCAGAGGAUGCCAAACCGCAGCAGCAGCAACCUCUUUCAAAGGAUAAUGUCCAGUCAGUUAGAACUAGAAAUGGUCACUCAAACAUGCAUGCUGCUCAAGCAACUUUUGGUAUGGAAACAUGGGGUUUUGGUGCAGAUAACUUUACAGCUGCCCCUACGGCCAGCUCCCAGAGAUUAAAAUCAAUGAUAAAUGAAGGAAGUAGUUCCCAACGCGAAUCAAAAAUAAAGGAGAGUAAUCCAGUUUCCCAACCUGCUGGGUGGGCUGGUUUCUGAUGUAGUUACCAUGUGGAGUUAAAUAUAUGAGGAGUAGUCUGUCCUCACAUUGACAAAUUUAAUACUUGUGGUUGGGAAAUAUGAGAGGAAAGAAGAGAGAUUGAAUAAUUACGUGACUUGCCAGGCUUGUUUCCUGCUAUUGUUUGUCUUGUCUGUGUGCAGUUGAACAUUUGCACAUUUCUCUGGGCUAAGCAGCAAAUACAAAAUGUAUACUUGUUUUA